ACAAAUUCUCAUUGGCUGCCCCGUCCCUAGUCCAUUGCCAUAUUCCCCACUCUUUGGAGGUUCUUAUACGCUGGCACACAGACUGUUCCUGUGGACUUUUGUAUGCUUCGAGAUAGCCCUCGUUGUACUGAACUCACGGCUUAAAGGUUUUUUACAAAUUUACGAAUUUGCUGCUUUUCGAAUUAUCGACGAUUUCAAAAAAUGCCACGCGCCAAGGCUGACGCUAACAAACCCCGUGGUCGUAUGACGGCUUAUGCCUUCUUUGUGCAGACAUGCCGCGAAGAGCACAAGAAGAAGCACCCCGAUGAGAAUGUUGUUUUCUCUGAGUUCUCCAAGAAGUGUGCUGAACGAUGGAAGACUAUGAGUGAUAAAGAAAAGAAGAGAUUUCAAGAAAUGGCAGAGCGUGAUAAAGUUCGCUUUGAUGAUGAAAUGAGGCAUUAUGAACCUGCUGAGAAAGGUGCAGGAAGGGGACGUAAACGCAAGCAGGCAAAGGAUCCCAAUGCUCCAAAGCGCUCUCUAUCAGCAUUCUUCUGGUUUUGCAAUGAUGAACGUGCCAAUGUCAAGGCUGCCCACCCCGAGUACACUGUUGGAGAUAUCGCGAAAGAUCUUGGUCGGCAAUGGGGAGAAGUUGAUGAAGCUACCAAAUCCAAAUAUGAAGCCAUGGCUGAGAAGGAUAAGGCUCGCUAUGAAAGAGAAAAUAAUGCCUACAAGAAGAAGCUUAAGGGUGAGGCUGACGAAGAAGAUGAAGAUGAUGAUGACGAUGAUGAUGAGUAAACAUCUUCGUUAGACUUACCUCUGCUCCUUCCUUCCUCAAACCUCCGGCUCUUUUUCAUCCCCGUCGCAUUUAUUUUUUUUUUUUACUCCAAUUAGACAUGUGUUCGCCAGAGUAUCUUCAUGUUUGUUUUAUUUUCAUCGUCAUCGUAUCAUCCUCAUUCCCUCACCCAAAAAACUGCUGACUGGUGUACAUAACGAGGAAG